CCCGCGCUGUGCGGCGCUGUGCCGGCCCCGCCCUGCAGGGGGCGCUGUGAGGCGGGCACCUGCCGGGGGGGCGGAGUCAGCGGCGCCGCGCCCCGCCCCUCCCUGCCCGGGCCGUACCAUCGGCUGCCCCGCGGGGGGGGAGAGAGAAGGGCGGGGCCGGGGCGGGGCCGGCCGGGCGGAUGGCGGCGCCGCGCGCGGUGCUGCUGCUGAGCGGGAAGAGGAAGUCGGGGAAGGACUUCGUGGCCGAGGAGCUCCGGAGCCGGCUGGGCCCCGACAUCUGCACCAUCCUGCGCCUCUCCGGGCCCCUCAAGGAGCAGUAUGCCAAGGAGCAUGGCCUGGAUUUCCAGCGGCUCCUGGACGCCAGUGCCUACAAGGAGCUGUACCGGCAGGACAUGAUCCGCUGGGGCGAGGAGAGGCGCCACGCCGACCCCGGCUUCUUCUGCAGGAUGGCAGUGGCGGGGGCAGCGCAGCCAGUGUGGGUGGUGAGCGACACGCGGCGCCUCUCGGAUGUGGAGUGGUUCCAGGCCGCGUACGGGGCUGCGGUGCAGACCGUGCGGGUGGUGGCCAGCGAGGAGACGAGGAAGAGGAGGAACUGGGUCUUUGUGGCUGGGGUGGAUGAUGCCGAGUCCGAGUGUGGCCUGGACCAAGGAGUGGCCUUCGACUGGGUGAUCACCAACGACGGGGACGCGGUGUCCCUGGACCAGCAGCUGGAGAUGCUCCUGCGGUCCCUUCGCGGCCAGUUAUAGCCCGGUGACCCCCUGCCGCUGCUUGGGGACUGUAUAUCCCCCCACGACCCUACGUCACCCCCCCUCUGCCUCAUGCUGGCCCCCCCUCCCCGGCAAAUAAAGCUCCAACGUGGGAAACCUCUGCCA